GGCGCACCGCGCUCAGUGACUGGAGAGCUGGCCGCGCGCCGCCUUCCUGCACGCACGCACGCGGGCCCGGCUCCGGGGUUUUUUUGCUUUUACUCCAGGCGGCCGGGAGGAGGGGGAGCCCUGGCCACACUGUAGGGAGGAGGAGGACGUGGAGGAGGGAGGAAGAGAGCAGGCGAGGAGGCCAGGGGCGGGGGGCGGGGGGCUUGCCACCUUCAGCCCCCCCCCGCGAGCGCCCAAGGUGCACACACUGUGACCAACACAGCCACAACGUGGAUUUCCUUUGUGCUUGAAGAGAGGGGAAGAAAAUGUCCCCGUGUCUGUAGAGAUGAUUUGCAGUUCAGCCCGGGUGAAGCUGACCAAAUGAGACUAUGGGCUGUGCCUCUGCCAAGCAUGUUGCUACUGUUCAGAAUGAAGAGGAAACCCAGAAAGGGAAGAACUACCAGAACGGAGAUGUGCUUGGCGAUGAGUAUAGGAUCAAACCCGUGGAAGAGGUCAAAUACAUGAAAAACGGGGCAGAAGAGGAACAGAAAAUAGCAGCCAGGAACCAAGAAAACCUGGAAAAAAGCGUCAGCUCGAAUGCCAGGCUUAAAAGUAAUAAAGAAAUCCCUGGACUAGUCCAUCAGCCCAGAGCAAACAUGCACAUCUCUGAAAGCCAACAAGAAUUCUUCAGAAUGCUGGAUGAAAAAAUUGAAAAGGGUCGGGAUUACUGUUCUGAAGAAGAGGAUAUCACAUAGCAUCGAUUCUCCCACGCAGACCAGGAGCUACUACUGUGUAAAUAGGUUACACCCCAGUUGAAACCUUUGCAAAGGUCGGUUCUCUUCACCGAACAGCACUAUAACAAACGAAGACCGGUCCAUAUCGUAUGCCCCAUUAAAUUACAGUGUUUCUUAAUGAACCUGCAAAGGAAUAUUGCUAAACACAAACACAAAAACUGUUCUGGAACUUUCUUUGUUGCUGCUAGUUAAAACUUGUUGCAACUUUUCACUUCUCUUGUGUCCAAGUAUGCAGCAAAAUUCUGCAGUUCACCUUAAAGAUACUAUUGGUUUUCCGAUGCUCUCCAGCCUAUUUUCUAUAAGAUGAGGUAGAGGUGAACUCUCACACAGACUCCAGUUCUAGCCUGGUUCUGCUUUGAUGUCAAGCAUCCCCUCCCCUCUUUCCUCCUCCUCCAUCUCUUCUGAGUGGUCCAGAGAUGGCCUGAGCCUUGCUUCUCACUGGUAAUGUGUGGCUUUGGACAUGGAAUGGUGGCCAUGGUAAGCCUUGUUUCUCUGCUCAGAAGCAGAAGAGCCGCAACUGAUUAAAAGCAUGUUGUGGCCUGACUCCUGGAAGUGACACAGGUGCGAGCAGUAGGUUGUUCCACUUGCUAGGACUCUUAGUGCAGGAUUCAGCUUAUAGCAUUGGCUUUGCUCACAUGCAAUGGAAGUGUGACCACAAUCAGCUUGAAUCCCUCUUCCUCACUCUUUUUUUUUUUUUUCUAAGAAAUAAACAUUUUACUGUUUUUAUGUAUCCUUGUCUUCUCCCAUUCAUCCAGUUCAGCAUUUUAAGAUGAUCCCAGGUGUGGAAGUUAAGUCCUCUUUCACAGUGACACUGAUGAUUGCCCUACAUGGCUCCCCACCCUUCUGUUGACAUCUACCAUGGUGUGGAAGGGCUGUGAGUGGUCGGAAGAGAUACAGGACAACCCCGCGACUCCUUAGGAGGGCUGGAAAUCACCGCUACCUAUCACUUUGUUAGCUACUAAGGCACGCUGUUUUCUGAGUCUCCCCUUUCAAAAUCAAAAUGCCACAUUAGCCUUGCCCCUUCCUUCCCUUGUGUUUCCAGAUCCGGUAGAAUGGGUAAAAGGUUGUGCCUACUGGGAAACAUAGGACAUCCACACUGGAGAUGUAAUCUGGAGAUGUGAAAGCCAGAAGCCCCUGGUGGUGGGGAGUCUUGGCCGUGUGUUCAGUAGAGUUUAUUUUUCCAUGCUAUAUGAAGAGAAUGGUCUCUUCUCAAAGACAGAAGUAAUAUUUUUAACAAAUAUUGUCACAAGUAAAUAGCAAUCAAAAGGAGAAAAUAACUUUUGUAUUUUUUUAAUCAUGUUUGAUAGCUUUGAACGAGGGUUCUCUUUGUUACUUUCAGGGGAGGGCACCCUAUCAUAUGCCAUCCCAGCAGUCCAGGGUUGGGCUUGCCCUACACACACACACACACACACACACACACACACACACACACAGACAUACA